ACCAUCUUCAAGCUUAGGAAAGAAGACGGGUUACAAGAAUGUGCCAAUCGCCACUACUACAAAGCAAAAGGAGACCUGGUCGCUGCAGAGAAAUAAACCUGUAAUAAAUCUGAAAUGGGGUUCUGAAGAGUUCAAAUAUAUGUCAAACAUGGAGUCCAUGAAGGGACAUGAUGAGAUGUUGGCUAACACACUAGAUCAGCUGCUAGCUGUAGCUCCAGGAGCAUAUCAUAAUAUAAUUGUUCACUGCUCUGAUGGAACAAUUAAUACUAACAAGUUCUUGAUUUAUUCAUGCUUUCCAGUUCUCUCAUCAGUAAAUCAGGAUGUUGACUAUACCAUUUAUCUACCUGACUAUUGUAGACGAGAACUAUCCAGCCUUAUCCAAAGAUUCCUUGAUGAUAUGCGUGGAGGAAAGUCUAGACAAUCGGAUAAGAAGGCCAACGAAUACUACAUCCCAGUUACAGAUACAGAUCAAGGUGGACUCCUGGGUUUUAUCUCAACCUACAAGAAUGAUGAACUAAGUGAAGAUACUCCGGACCAAUCUAAUACCGACAAUAUAACUCAGAAUAAAGAGUCAUCUAACAACACCAAAUCUGAACGAAGCGUUUUCCCCGCAAGCUGUUUAAAAUGCAAACUGGUUUUCAAGAGUCUGUCUAAGUUUUCUCAUCACAAGUGCUUCUACUCUGGAGCUGAGAAUCGUUGUAAGAUUUGCUUCAAACAAUUCGCAAUAUCUAACAACUUGACAAAGCAUCUGCAGAAGGGAUAUUGUCGAGAAGUUCUGGAUAAAAUGCACAAGGAUGACAUGAAAGUUGUCAAAAAGAAGAAAAUCUCCUUAAGAUGCAAAGGUUGUUUAGAGAGGUUCUUUUGUAAUGUCAGAUAUUAUCAUCACCAGUGUGUUAACGAUGGAAACCCAGACGUUUGUCGGUUCUGCCAGAAAAAGUUUCUUGGAAGAAAUUUGAUUUCUCAUUUUACCGGUAAAUCCCCCUGCAAUGCUGCACUGAAGAGCUUCCACACAACGUACAUCAACACCAAGGAGACUGUACCAUCAUGUCCGAUUAGUGUUGAACCAAUCAAGGAGAAUUCCGAUACUUUCCCGAACAUAAAGCUGAAGAAGUUUAGUGUAGAUAUCGAGAAAUGUCAGGAAAUAACAAGGAAACAAACUGGGAAAAGAUCCAAGAAUCAGGAAUCAGAAGAACAAAGUCUGAAGAAACAACGUCAUGAUAAUACUGGCAAACUGAAGAUCGAAGUAACAAAGAAUCAGGAUGCAUACCUUGUUCAGAAACAGUGUAAGGUCGAACAGGAUGAUAUUGUAAUCGAGAUUGAUAACGGUGAAGAAGACGUUGCUGAUGAUGAAGUGCAGAUCCUUGAUGAUGAGAUGGUUGGAACUGACAAGGAUAUUUCAGCACUUGAAGUAGAGUAUCCUGUUCCUGAGCCCAGAAAAACAAGUUCUCAAUUCAGUAGAAGUCAGGAGAGCCCUGAACUUUACAAUGAGGAGAGUGUGUCCAACAUGUGCCUGGAUUGCCAUGGAUACUUCACAGCUCAAGAAUUCUACUCUCAUCAAACUAACUGCAAAGGCAAGUAUUACUGUGAGCCCUGUGAUGUGCAGUUCUCUGGGAGCUUCAAACUCAAGAAGCAUAAUGAUAAACAUCAUAACCAUCUUCAACACAAGGAAACUAAGCCUGUAGUUGCAUCCGAACUAAUGUUUGGGAAGUUACCCUGUCCCUACUGUGAUUAUGAAGCUCCAAAUGGAUUACUCGACUGUCAUUAUCAAAUAUCUACAGAAUGCAGAAAACUAUCUGAGCAAGGAGUUUAUCGUCAGACCAUCACACCGUAUUCAGGUGUAGAUUAUUCCUCUAAACAGACCCAGAUAAAACAGGAACCAGAAGCUCCUCAAUCAAUCAACCAAUACUCAGCUAUCAGGGUUAAACAGGAGAAGGAACUGCUUGAACUAGUUGCUAAAGAACUUGGUUCCCCGAGUUCUAACAUGAGGAAUCAAGAAACCAGAACAGUGGAAGAUGGAGAUACAGGAUCCAACGAUGUUCUCGAUGGUAUGACGCUAUCAGAGACCUCUGAUGAUGAUAGGGUUGAAACCACUUUAGAUAAAUCCAAGGAUCGGGAUACUGGAUCUACUAAUACUAGUAUUGAUUCGGACGAGAUAAAGGUUAGUCUAGGUUGUAUUCCUGGUACACCCCGGUGGUUUGAUCUUCUACAGGUUCCCUCAAAGUACGGGAGUAAAAAGAACAUUGAGAAGUUCUUUUGGGAGCAUCAGAUCAAGCUGUUGAGUGUUGGUCUCCUGAGUCGGGAUCCCAUCAAGAUGAUUCAGGACACCAGGAUCAAGGUUUCUGAGAAGGAUGGACUUAAAAUUGAGUCAAUGGGUAUUAAGCCUCCUGGAAGUAUCAUAAUACCAUCUGAUGAUAACCGGAAACCAAUCAACCCACUACAUUUACAUCUAGAAACCAUUAAAAAUACAUCUGAUGAUAACCGGAAACCAAUCAACCCACUACAUUUACACACUUCUGGAAACUAUAAAAAUACAUCUGAUGAUAACCGGAAACCAAUCAACCCACUACAUUUACACACUUCUGGAAACUAUAAAAAUACAUCUGAUGAUAACCGGAAACCAGUCAAUCCACUACAUUUACAAACUCCUGGAAACCAAUAAAAAUACAUCUGAUGAUAACCAGAAACCAAUCAACCCACUACAAACUUCAUGAAACUAAAAACAGGAAAAAGUUGACAUUUUGGAUUCACCAAUUAGAAAAUUAAACCAGUUGAAAAAAGUUUCCUGUUUCCCCUUAAAUAAACCUGAUAAUCAUUCAAACAAGAUAACCGUAUUUCUAAGUCUACCAAAUAUAACUUACAUCUACCUCUUCACUCAUAAUUGCGUCAAACAUUAAAAUUUAUACCGAGAGUUGCAUUCUAAUCUCAAGUUAACGUGUUCCCCUUUCAACACGCAAAAAGAACCGCUGGUGUAAAGUUUCCAAUUGUUUCCACAUUAAAAUCUAUUAUCACUCCUUUUCAUUAUGUAAGAAAUGUGUAUUGGUGAUACAAUAUUAUUUAAAUUGGCUACUGUUUAAACGGUAUUGCUAAAUGUUACUUAUAAUAUUGGGAUCCAAUUUAGUAGUUUUGAUUUGAUUUAUGUAAAUACACCAUGUACACCUGUUAAGCACUAUUUGAUUUUUUUUAACUGAACUGAAUUCUAAUUUCGGAUUUAGAAUUUUAUCAUUCCUGUUUCAAAGAAAAUUGGUUUGUGAAAGAUAAUUACCAAAAUUCUAGACGUAUUUCUCUACGCCCUGUAAAUCUCAUUGUGACAUGUUAACUCGGCAAAUUAUAUAUUUGUUUGAAAAUUGCAAGUGCAUUAUCCGUUGUUUCAGAAA